AGUCUCAGUUAACGUAACCCACCCUGCUGCUGCUCUGUCUUCCCCUUCUCUGCUCUUUCUGUUCCAUAUAAGAGAAAAACCAUAACGAAUCCAAAACCAAACACGUAAAUCCUCCCAACAAAGAAAUACAGAGAGAAUUUUCAGAGUCCCUCACUCACUCACUCACUCAAUCAAUCAUCAUGCCCGGAAGCUUAGAGCCGUUGGAUUUAUCCAUUCAGAUUCCUUAUCAUUUCAGGUGUCCGAUCUCUUUGGAGCUCAUGCGUGACCCUGUCACCGUCUGCACCGGUCAGACUUACGACCGUCCCAGCAUCGAGUCCUGGGUCGCCACCGGUAACACCACCUGUCCGGUCACCCGGGCCCCGCUCACCGACUUUAGUCUCAUUCCAAACCACACUCUUCGGCGACUUAUUCAAGACUGGUGUGUUGCCAACCGCUCCUUCGGCAUCGAACGUAUCCCUACUCCCAAACAGCCCGCCGAGCCCGCUCUAGUUCGUUCUCUUUUGAAUCAAGCCGCGGCCGACUCUAAUGCUCUCCCCUCUCGUCUCUCGGCUCUGCGUCGACUCAGAGGACUAGCUCGUGACUCGGAUAAGAACCGUUCCCUUAUUUCCUCCCACAACGUGCGCGAAGUAUUGACGAAUAUUCUCUUCUCGAAUUGUAACUCCGAGUCGUCUAAUGAGUUGAACUACGAGUCCCUUGCUCUACUCGUGAUGUUCCCCCUCAGUGAGUUGGAAUGUACUUGUGUAGCUUCAGACAACGAUAAAGUAACUUAUUUGUCAAAUCUAUUAUUUCAUCCGUCGAUUGAAGUCCGAGUCAACUCAGCUUCGCUCAUUGAAAUUAUCUUAGCCGGCAUGAGAUCUCAAGAGCUUCGUUCUCAGAUCAGCAGCGUGGACGAGAUUUUCGAGGGUGUAAUUGAUAUAUUAAGAAACCUUCAAUCAUAUCCACGCGGCUUAAAAGUAGGGAUCAAGACUCUCUUCGCCUUGUGUCUCGUGAAGCAGACGAGACACAAGGCGGUAGCAGCCGGCGCGGCGGAGACAUUAGUUGACAGGCUGGCGGAUUUCGACAAGUGCGAUGCCGAAAGAGCUUUGGCGACGGUGGAAUUGUUGUGCAGAAUCCCGUCCGGGUGCACGGCUUUCGCGUCGCACGCUCUCACCGUGCCGUUGCUUGUAAAAACAAUCCUGAAGAUUUCAGACCGAGCGACGGAGUACGCAGCGGGGGCUCUCUAUGCGGUCUGCUCGGCAUCGGAGGAGAGCCAAGGGGAUGCCGUGAACGCCGGCGUGUUGACUCAAUUGUUACUUCUUGUGCAGAGCGAUUGUACGGACAGGGCAAAACGAAAAGCCCAGAUGUUAUUGAAAUUGUUAAGGGAUUCAUGGCCAGAAGAUUCAAUUGCCAAUUCAGAUGAUUUUGGUUGCAGCGAAGUUGUUCCAUUUUAAUGAUUAAAAAAAAAAAAGAUUUUUCUAAGUGUUAGUGGAAGAGAAACUGAAUAUAUUUUGAGAUUUUAGAUUGGUACAGGGAAGGAGUUUGUAAUUUUGUAUGUAUUUUUGUACGUAAGAAUUUUUUGUGGAAAGUUUUAAGAAAAAGGAAAUGAAAACAUACGUCUCCUUAA